CAUGUGUCAUCUCCGGCUCCUGCUCUGUUGUGUCCUCCCUCUCCUGGCGUCUAUAGUCCAAAGCGGCCGGGGCGACCGUCUACAUCUCCAGGGGGAGGACGUGCGCUUCUACGCAUGCACCUGCACGCCUCCUUACCUGAUCGGAAAGGCCGAGGAGGCUUUGUUUAGGAUCAGGAUCUUUUCAACGGUGAUGCUGCCCCCUGGAUGGGAUGCAGCCCCCUCUGGAUCACCGCUAGCAGGUGCACUUUCCACUCAAAAACGACAAAUAUUCUAGGUUUUUGUUCCACCAGAAGGCGAUGCAGAUAUUUGCUUGAGGCGUUUAAACGCUCCCCUUUCAGGCUGGUGUGACCUGCACCGUAAAGAGGGACCAGAAUCACUGAGUGUCGCUUUAUUUGUGGGCAGGGCAGGCUCCCCCAACACCUGUGCCUUUCAUCUCCAUCGCAUCGGCCUUCUUCGCUCCAGGAGAAGAAGAGGUGGAGCCCACUGGUGGAAAGAAACGUGACACCAGGACUGGUGCAACCUGACACGUUUGGGGCUCAGACCGGACCGCAGCUGUGAAGCGUUGGGAUUUUUGGGGGGAGGUGAGGACUCCUGCCACGCCUCCUUUGUGUUCUUCCCUCAGGGGGGUGAUAGAGGGAGCCGCACCCAGCCUCCCUUCUUCAUUCUGGACCUUUCUCGUGCACCUGUAGGUUGCGUGCUCGUCUGCGUGAGAAGAUGCCUGCAACACGGGCGCUGGUGCCUCUGGUCCUCCUCAUGGCGCUCCAAGUGCUGGUGUGCGGCGGCGCCUGCGUGGAGGUGGACUCGGACACGGAGGCGGUGGCCAACCAGGCCUUCAAGCUGGGCUGCAUCUCCUGCAAGAAGAGGGGGGAAGUGAAGGCCACCGCUUCUGUCACCUGGCUCUUCAAGGCCACGGACGACCACGACUUCGAUGAGCUCUACAUGUACGCAGAGAGGGAAGGCAAGGUGCUGGAUCCGCGUUUCUAUGGCCGUCUGCACUGGAAUGGCAGCAAGAACACGGAGGACUUGCAGGACGGCUCCAUCUACAUCCUGAACGUCAGCUACAACGAUACGGGACGAUACCAGUGCAAAUUUAGGCGCAUGCUCCUCUACCCCAACAGCCAGUAUGAGACCAACCACGUGAAGAACAUCAGCAUGAAGGUGGUGCCUCGAGUGACCAGAGGGAUGGCGUCCAUCAUGUCUGAGGUGAUGAUGUACGUGUCCAUCAUCGGCCUGCAGCUCUGGCUGCUGGUGGAGAUGAUUUAUUGCUACAGGAAGAUUUCAGCUGCGGGCGAGGAGGCUUUGAGGGAGAGUGCAGCGGAGUAUUUAGCAGUAGAAUCAGAAAGUAAAGACACGUGUGCAGACGUUGAAGUAGCAGAGUGAGAGUCCCGAUCAGAAACUUGGACUCAAUUAUUCGCAACUUAUUUGUCACCUGCAGCCUGGGCAAGAACUGGCGAAGAGACGGAUUCUCACUCGCACCUUCAUCCUCCUCCUCAGCCUCUUCAUUGCCUCCGUCGUCAUGACAACAAGGCCACACGUGUCACUGGACUUCCUGUGGCAACAAAAAGGGGAUUUGUGUUGUGCGUGCACGUGGUGAGUGUGUGUAUGUAUGUAUAUAUAAGUAUAUAUACAUACAUACACACACACACAUAUAUAUAUAUAUAUAUAUGUAUAUAUAUAUA